AUGCUUCAGUGUGCAGCCGGCGGGUGCAGGCCGAAUGCACUACACAGAUGUUCGCAGCUCCGUGAUUGUGCCAGGCCUUUCGAUGAGGUGCGGAUCUGUCCCAUUAGCGGCCUGUCGACGCUGCAGGGAGCGUGCCCCUUUGCCAAGCCCAAAGCGAAGGCCAAAGAUGGGGGCAAGAAGCAGAGAGCUGCUGUGAAGCUGAACUUUGAAUGGGAGCAGGCCGAGAGCAAAGUGAUGAUCUCAGUAUGCCAGCACCCGACGGAAGCGUUCGAAGCCCUCGAGCUGGCGGACAACGCUUCGCAGCAGGACAUCAAGCGACAGUACAAAGCGUUGUCCUUGAAGCACCAUCCUGACAAGAACCAGGAUGACCCAGAUGCUGCGACUGACCGAUUUCAAAGGAUCAAGGAUGCCUACCAGGCCCUGAAGGACACCGAUGGAGAGCUCGCAUUUCCCUGGUCCGAGCAUCCCGACAAGCAGCAGGUCAUGCCGGGCCUCGAGGCCAUCGCCAUGUUUGCCGAGGUCGGUCGCGAGGCCUGCGAAGAGCACCACUUCCAGGGCUUGCAGCUCCGGCACCUGGUGAAGUCUUCCAACGUUCAGGUGCUUAAGUUCGAGAGAGAGCUCGAGGAGGGACGUGUCACGGAGUGUGAACUCCAAGCCCUGUGCAUGGACUCCCCGCACUUUCUGAACCACCUAGUCAAGGUUUACCGGAGGGACAACUGGGAGUAUGAGAAGUAA